UUUUAUGUAGAGUAGUCAGUAGAGCAACAGCAAGUUCCUUACCGACAUAUUAUUAGUGACGUCUCGUGGUCUGGUUGUUGACGUUCUUUGUUUUUGGAGUUACGCGCAAUCUUUUGCGAAAAUAAGGUAGUAUUUCGCAGUUCAUCUUUUUUAAAGUUAAAAAAUGAGUGAAGAAGCUUCAAGUUCUUCAAAAACUCUUGAAGAGAGAAGAGCAGAGCGCAUGAAAAAGCUGCACGAACUUCAUUUGAAAAGGAACGAAGCUCGAACUCAAAAUCACCAAGCAGUGAUUGACGAAAGCAAACGGGAUAAUUUACCUAAAAAUUGGGAGUCCCGGAAAAGACAAGCAGAUUGGAUUCUGCAAGACGAAGCUGCAAGGAAAGAUGCAGAAGAAAAGGGCUUGGAUUACGAUAGAACGAAGCUUUUAAAUAUGGGCGCCCUCGAUGCGCAGCAUAUCGCUAGAAAACAAAAGAAGAAAAAUCCCGAUCCAGGAUUUUCGGAUUAUGAGCAGGCGACAAUCCGACAAUAUAAUCGGAACAUAAAGGGCAUAAAGCCAAACAUGGAUGCGUAUGAAGAGGCUAAAGAAAAAUUGGGACCGGCUUUCUAUGGCGACCGUAAUACAAUUCUCCAUGGAUUGGUCGAGGACAAAAAGGAUGCCGUCGACAAAAUGGUUGAAGAUCUUGAAAAACAGAUUGCGAAACGGAACAAAUACAGCAGACGUCGCAUGCACAACGACGACGCUGACAUUGAUUAUAUCAAUGAAAGGAACGCGAGAUUCAACCAAAAACUGGAACGUUUCUACGGCGAACACACCAGAGAAACGAAACUCAAUUUGGAACGUGGAACAGCAAUAUAAAUUUUUAAAAAAUCCUUUAUCGUUAUAAAUUAACUAUUAAUUUACACAAGUAUCUUAAGUUUAACUGGGAAAAAAGCAAGGGUUCAUAUAAAAAAGAAAAA